UUCAGUUUUCUCCCAAAGCGCAGAACAGGUUGUGAAGGAAGGAGCAGCCCACACUUUCAAAGUUCCACAAAAUCUUCGCCUUUGCCAAGUAUUUCAUCUUCUUCUCUAAACGAUAGAGAGCCAGAACAACCAGUAGAAAUACCAGUACUGAUCACAAAUUCGACUCACUUUAAUACGGUUUUCAUUUUUUUUUUUUCUGAAAACGUGAAUGGAAGCUCAAAGGUUGCUCCAUGGGUUCUGUUCAAACUCAGCAAUCCCACCAAUUCGGAACCCCAAAAAACCUUUCUUUAUGAUUUUUAAUCCUUCUCUUGAUCAUUCUAAGAGAUGGGCCUCCUUCAAAACUCACCAUUACGAUGCCCCCCAAACGGUAUCGUGGUCUAAGAGGAGGUUAGAGUGUCGAAAUAGUGUAGAAAACGCAGGGGGUUUUACUGGCGGUGAGAAGGGUUUGGAAAGCGGGAUUCGACGGAAGAAUCUGGCGGUUUUUGUCUCCGGCGGAGGGUCGAAUUUCCGGUCGAUUCACGAGGCGUGUCUUCGGGGCUCGGUUCAUGGAGACAUUGUUGUUUUGGCAACCAAUAAAUCUGGUUGCGGAGGUGCAGAAUAUGCAAGAGGUAAGGGUAUCCCAGUCAUUUUGUUCCCGAAAGCGAAGGAUGAACCUGAGGCAUUAUCACCAAAUGACCUUGUGGCUGCUCUUAGAGGUUUUGAGGUGGACUUUAUUCUCCUAGCUGGAUAUCUGAAACUUAUCCCAGUUGAGUUGAUCCGAGCUUAUCCGAAAUCCAUACUAAAUAUCCAUCCCUCGCUUCUUCCUGCUUUUGGGGGUAAAGGAUAUUAUGGUAUGAAGGUGCAUAAAGCAGUCAUUGCUUCUGGAGCAAGAUACUCAGGUCCUACAGUCCAUUUCGUUGAUGAGCACUAUGACACAGGGCGUAUCCUUGCUCAAAGAGUUGUGCCUGUGCUUGCUGAUGACACUGCAGAUGAGCUGGCCGCAAGGGUUCUUCAUCAGGAGCAUCGCGUAUACGUGGAGGUGACAUCAGCAUUAUGUGAUGAGCGGAUUGUUUGGAGAGAAGAUGGGGUGCCUAUCAUCCAGAGUAAAGAAAACCCUAACGAUUAUAGCUAACAAAAUCACAUACAGGGUACCCAGCUGAUCAAUUCAGCCACAUGAUAAUUUUCCUUCUGCUUUCUUUGGAAGACAAAGAGACAUAUCUGCAGAUUUUGUAUCAGUAGAUUAGUUGUUAUAUCCUUCUGAACUGGAAGUGUUGUUCAUUUUUGAUAGCUUAUGUAAGCUUAUUCAAUUGCCCAAACAGCUUGCAGAUGUUGAGCUGUAUUGAGUAUUGGAAGACGAAAACUGUAUCAAAAAUCAAACUUGAGAGCUGCUACACAGUGAAUCAAGAAGCGGGUUUUCUGAUUUUGUUGAA